AUGACAGAAACAAGGCGCGUGCCAGUAUUUGGUUCACGGCCACCAAGUGCAUACCAUUCCCGACUUGAUGAACGUAGCUUACAAUUACGUAUAGCUGGAUUGGAACGGACCAGAAACUCAAAUAAUCUGGAAAAUUUUGUUUGCUAUGAAGACUCGGAUGAAGAAGAGAGAACAAUGCUAAAUACUUCUUAUAAUUUUGUUGAUCAUAUAAGAAGUCGGGAGUAUGGAAUGCGAGAGUAUCGUUCAAUAAAUACAAACUAUGGUACAAGGCAUAUACUUACACAUAACUUAUUCAAAGAACGGCCUAUACCAUUAAAAACAAUGAAUAAAAUUUUUUGUUCACAAUGGCUUAGUAGUCAUCAUAUUGCCUUUGGUACAAAAUGUAAUAAAUUAUUGGUUUAUAAUGUAAAAUCACAUGAACGGGACCAAAUACCAUUGAUGAAGGGACAUUUAAAUGAAGCAACUAAUCAACAAAGUGGAAUUCAUUCAUUAAAAAUUAAUCCAUCCAGAACAUUAUUGGCAACAGGCGCAUAUUAUUCUAAUGAAAUUGCUGUAUAUAGGUUGCCAACAUUAGAUCCAAUUGUUCUAGCUAAGGGUGCUCACAAGGGUUUGAUAUUCGACAUUGAGUGGUUAGAUGAAGAGUUUUUUGUUAGUGGAUCACGUGAUUCUACGGUUGCUUUAUGGCAAGUUCAAGACAUAAACCAAGAAAAAUAUGAUUGUGAUGGUGACCUAAUACAACCAGUUACUCGAUUUCUCAAGCCUACAGUUAUAAGAAGCUGCAAGUCAGCACAAAAAAUCCGAGCAAUCACAUUUAAUAAGAAUUUAAAAGAAAUGGUUACAUUGUCACUAAAUGGAUAUGUUGAUGUUUGGGAUGUAGAACAUUUUAGACAAAUGUUUUCAAGAAGAUUAUCUUCUCGGUAUGAAAAUUCUUGCAUGGUAAUGAAAAAUGAUAGUAGUUUAUAUGCUGUUGGUUGCAAAUCAUAUACUCUGUUACUUGAUUCAAGAACUUUACAUACCAUAAAGAAAAUUCCUGCAAUGGUGUUGAGUAGGGAUGUGCAGAUGACAAAUUUUGGAAUUAGGUCUUUAAGUUUCCAGGAUAAUAUAAUUACAAUUGGUACAGGUGUUGGUUUUAUAAUUUUCUAUGAUAUACGGGCUGGAAAGUACUUAGAAUCUAGUAAUAACUACAGAAGAAAUGUUAUGUUAAAAACAAGUACAGGUUAUGUUUAUGCUAAUGAAGAUUUCAUGGUUCAUCAAGGUUUUCAACAAGUCAACUAUAAACCUGCAGUUUAUACACAUUGCUAUGAUUAUUCAGGAACCCGAUUAUUUUCUGCUGGUGGACCGUAUCCAGCUAAUGAAUGUGGCAUUUAUGCAGGCUUGUGGCAGUAA